GUCGCGUGUGUUGCCUCUCAGUCGUCCGUUGCGCGUCGUAUUCUUCGCAUGCUUGUGCUGUGUCCUCGACUGAUUUCUCAACUUGCGCGCACAUCGUACGAAAACUCUUUGCGAUAUCAGAGUGCGAAUCUUCUGAUUUUGGAUACUGAGUGUGUGGGUGGUUAGUGCCAGAGGUGCGAUAAACUCUUUCAAUCACAAUGAGGUGCACGCCGACGCUGCGUUUGGUUCUAUACACCGUCACAUUAACAGUUUUCUGCACGGCGCAGAAACCAACAUUGGAGAUCCAACCGAAGAGCCCGGUGAUUAUCAAGGCGGUGGGACAAAGUUUGGCAUUGACAUGCAAGCCGAGCGUGCAGGAUCCCAAGCUGAUAUCGCAGCUCGAGUGGCGCGAUCCAAAGAAUAGAAAAAUCGACAACACCAAUUCAGACUCGCCGUUGUACAUUCAGCGAAUUAAUGGCGAAACUGCAGCGGUGUUGAUAUUCACGAGACUGACGGAAAACCUUUCCGGCAACUAUAUGUGCACAGCGAAAUACGCAAACACUGAACCGCUGGAGGCGACAAUUAAAGUCGAGACAAUCAUUGACAUCACGUGGACGGACGCCCCCGAGUCACAGUACCCCAUUCUGGGCAAAGACUUCAAAAUCCGUUGCGAGGUUCAGGCAAAUCCGGCGCCCAUCGUUGACUGGGUGCGCAACGGCGCGCCAAUCAUCAAUAAUGACCGCUACUUCUCCGACACAAAAGGCCUUCUUAUCAAGAAUGUACGUGAGUCCGACGAUGGCGUCUACACGUGUCGUGCAGUGGUUGUCUCUACGGGCAAUAUAAAGGAGCGCAACAUCAAGGUCGAAGUUCAUAUUCCUCCUGUCAUUGAGGAAAUCAAAGAGGUGUCAAUCGUCGAAGGCGAGCAAGCCAGUAUUCAAUGCAAAGGCACCGGAAAACCACCACCAAGGUACACGUGGAUUAAAAUGGAGAAACGCCAGAACUUGGCAGAAACCGAUCGAUUCAACGUCAUGCCAAACACCGGUCUUUUGCAUAUUACACGCGCUGAAUAUACUGACAACGACGAAUACAAAUGUAUUGCGGAAAAUCCCGCUGGACGUGUCGAGACUAAAGUAAAAAUCAACGUCUUGAUCAAACCAAGAAUCUAUGAGCUUCUCAAUGUGACGGCCCCUGUAGGUUCGGAGACCCGCAUCAUCUGCAAGGCGUUCGGGCGUCCUACACCGAACAUUGUGUUUAGAAAACGCAGUUCACAGGAUGCCUUCAUGAUCGGCCAGCAAAAAACUGACUCCAGAAUCAUCAUUGAAAAGAAAAUCGAUGAGUUUAAAGGAGAAACAUUCGGAACUUUAAAUAUUUACGGAUUGAAUCGUAGCGAUGAUGGCCUCUAUGAAUGUAUUGCCGAGAAUAAAGUCGGAAGCGCUUACAAAAACGGUCAUAUAACUGUAGAAUUUAAGCCAACGUUCGAGAAAACAAAGAAUUAUCCGCCUGUGUGGACGUGGGAUAAUAAGCCGGGUAACUUGACCUGUAUUGCCGAAUCUAUUCCGAACGCGACAAUUACUUGGAGACUGGGUGGUGUAGAAAUAUUGAACAGUCCAACGAUGAAGAUCGAAAACCGCGGACCGCAGUCCAGCUUGAUCGUUUGGCCUUACGCGCAAAAGCGCUUUUACACGAAGUACGAAUGCAUCGCAAAGAACAAGCUCGGAGAGGCGGUUAAGGAAAUUGAGCUGAAAGAGGCUACCGUUCCCUUGCACGUGCAGCAAGUUACAACGGCGGAUCUGACCGCAACUACGGUGAAAUUCAACAUUGUUGGCCCGCCCAAUUUACAUGGGCUUCCUCUGCGAGCGUUCGUGGUACAAUAUCAGACUGAACGUGAGCGGGCCUGGGACACUGCUAUAAAUAGAACUUGGAGUAUAGACGGGCCACACAUCGUGGAGAACCUAAUUCCACUAGAGACGUACAACUUCCGGUUUGCAGCCAAGAACGACGUUGGGUUGGGCGGCUUCAGCGGCAACCGACAGAUAACGAUGCCUCGACGCUCCGUUCCCACCGAGCCAAAGAUCCUUGUCUCCAAUUUGGAAGAAGGCAACACACGCGAAUACGUCGCGCUCAGCCCCUACGCCGAUCACUUCGAGCUGCGAUGGAAUGUGCCUGCUGACAACGGCGAUCCGAUCGACAGCUACAUAAUUAAAUAUUGCAUUACUCAGCGUGUAGCUGGCGGGUGGAGAGAUUCUGAACAUGAAUGCAGUUCGGAAAUCACGCAAUCCUACACCUAUACCAGCUACGACCUCAACCAGCUCAGUGCGGACACAACGUAUAAAAUUGAACUGCGAGCGCACAACGCAAUCGGCUCCAGUCUGCCGGCCGAGAUCCGCGUGAAGACCGCCCGAGUAGGAAGAUACUACGGGACGGCGUCGAGCACGACGAUCUCGAUACUACUCCAAGCUGCGUCACUGCUCAUAACAUGUUUACGAAAAUCAAACUUAGUCUAACUCAACUCAAACUUCAACUUUACCCUUUAGUUAAAUCUUAUCAGUUUAAUAAGUUAGCGAAUUCUUGUUGUGUUGAGGUUUUCUUUUUGAUAAAAUCACGAACAACUUUUAUACCAAAUUCCAAACACACUACUUACAUUAUUCGACAAAUAAUUAUAUAAACUGACCAGUAUUACUUAUUUACUAUCCAGUAUCCACCGAACAAAAAACUAUAUAAACUAAAUGAAUAAAUCUGGAGUAAAAAUGAGUAAAUAAAAUGAAAUAUGUCGAGGCAACGUUUUUCGUAAGUCAAUUAUUCUGAGCAUGCGAGUUGAAAUUUUCGUUUUAAUUUCAUGGUUUACACAUGUCAUGACCCUAGCGAUCUGUUUCUUGAUGUUCUUGCAUCUGGAUGUGCUCUGGUUUAUGUCCACCCAUCUAUCUCCGUGCAAUUAGCUCGCCCGACCCGAAUGAACUGACAGUCAAUAAAAUAAUGUUAACGAGCGCAGAAAUUAAUUCAUUUCUGCAUCUGAUUAAAAUCGUUUGAUUGUUCGAAUAGUUGGAGUAGUAGUUUAUUUAUUUGUUUGCACGUCGUUUCCCUGAACUCAAAUGUAAAGUCUACGAUGUUUACUUUUGUUUAUGUAUCCGUUUUUAUUGUAAUUCUGUAACAAUAACAUUCAUAAUUCAUUAUUUGUUUUGAUCGAAUGGCGAAUGUAUUUGUGUUAAUGUUUUGGUUUUGUAAUAGCACUAACGUUUGUUAUAUGAUCCAAUUUUGUGACUUAGUAUGUUAAAUAUGUUUAAUUAUAUAUAUUACAUAUUAGUGUUGUUGUAUGCGUGUAUUGAGCAUGAAGUACGAAUGUGAUAUUAUGUAGCUAGUUGAUUGUAUUAUUAUAUCGAUAAGGACGAAUUAUGAUGGUAUUAUCGGCCGAAGAAAAUUAAAUAAAACACGUACACGUCGAAGAAACAAAUGCUGCCAAAAUCUACUAUAUAUAUUAUGAAAAAUUAUAUAUGAAGUAAUUAUAUUAAUUAUAAGAAUAUACAAUUAUGAAAUUCAUUGGGACUGCAUCAUUUAGCACAUCACAACGUGGUAGAAUAUCAUUUAAUCGAACACAAUCAAUGGCUCAAAAUUAAAUUUUAAAAAUUCACAAACAUCACACAUGAACAUUAAAUAGAUUUUAAAUAUUUAACACAAAAUUAAAGCAUGUGUUAACUGCGAUGAAAGCAUGCAUUUUCAACAUUUUGCAUGUUUAUUGAUGUUUUUAAUUGUUUCUCGGUAAAUUAUGACAAUAACUUAACUUGAACUUAGUUAAAAUCGUUACUCAUUAAAGAAAACAUUUAACACAUUCAUUAAACUCUAAAAAAUCAAACAUACUCACAAAUAUUUCAUUUGAUUUAAAGUUUUCUUCUAUAUUUCAAUUGUGUGUUAUAAAAUAACAAAAUAUAUUUAUAAAUACGUUACGUUGUAAACUUAUCGAAUAAGUUUAUAGACACAUAUUUCGUUGAAGAUUGAAACUUUUAUUACCAUCGAUAAGGACACUGUUUUGUAAAACUAUGUAUACAUAUUAAUUAUUAUGGACGUGAUGGGGAAUGGAAGAGGGCAAGGAAAUGAAGGAAUACUUGCGAAACGUA